AUGUGUGCAGAGCAGAGCUACGGGGAGGUGAACCAGAGCUACGGGGAGGUGAACCAGCUCGGCGGCCUCUUCGUUAACGGCCGCCCGCUGCCUCACGCGCUCCGGCUGCGGAUCGUGGAGCUCGCGCAGCUCGGCAUGCGGCCCUGUGACGUCAGCCGACAGCUGCGCGUGUCUCACGGCUGCGUGUCCAAGAUCCUGGCCCGGUACCACGACACCGGCUCCGUCCUGCCCGGAGCCAUCGGAGGCAGCAAGCCCCGGGUCACCACCCCCGCCGUGGUCCGCAGCAUCCGGGACUACAAGCAGGGAGACCCGGGCAUCUUCGCCUGGGAGAUCCGGGACCGGCUGCUGGUCGACGGCGUGUGUGACAAGUUCAACGUCCCGUCUGUGAGCUCCAUCAGCCGGAUCCUCAGGAACAAGAUCGGGGCCUUUUCUCAGCAGCAUGAGGGCAAACAAGGCCCGGGGCCGGUCCAGUACGGACCCGUUUACUCAUACUCCUCCUAUGCGGGGGCAGCAGGGACUCACACCGGGACUACCGCAGCAGGGCAUGCGGGACUACCCCGGACCUGGACCAACAUCCUGGGUAUCAGAGCCCUCAUGGAACCGACAG